AUGAAAUACAAAAUAAUUCAGUUGUCAGACAAUGGAAACUCAAACACCGAAAUCGCACGAAAGUUGGGACUGCCUCGUACAACUGUGGUGACAAUUUUGAAGGAUAAGGCCAGAAUAUUGGAGGAGGUCAAGAGCCAUGCUCCAAUGCAGGCAGCAUACAUUCGCCAGCGCUCGGGUCUUAUUGCAGAGACGGAGAAAAUUUUAAAAGUAUGGAUUGAUGAUCAGACUCGCCGCCGUGUCCCCGUGAGCCUUGCAGUAAUACAGGCUACAGCGAAAAACGUGUUCGAACAGCUGAAAGAGAGGCAUGGUGGGGGCUCCCACGAAGAAACCUUCCAGGCAAGCAAAGGUUGGUUUUAUAGGUUUAAAUCGAGAUUUCAGCUGCAUAAUAUCAAAUGUGAACACGGUGAAGCCCCAAGUGCAGAGGAGGAACCAGUCGGGGAUUUUCCUAGAAAAUUAGCUGCAAUGGUAAAGGAGGGUGGGUACUGUGCCAGGACCGUUUUUAAUGUUGACCAAACGGGUCUGUUUUGGAAGAAAAUGCCUUCCAGAACUUAUAUUUCCAAACAAGAAAAUUCAACGCCUGGUUUUAAAGCAGCAAUGGACAGACUCACAGUCCUCCUUGCAGCAAAUGCAGCUGGAGACUUCAGGUUGAAACCUCUACUGGUGCAUCAUGCAGAAACCCCAAGAGCACUCCAAGGCUAUGCCAGGAGCUCUCUUCCUGCCAUCUGGAAGUCAAAUCCCAAAGCUUUAGUUACCAGCACAGUUUUCGAGGAGUGGUUUAGUGUGCAUUUUGUCCCUGCUGUCAAAGAGUAUUGUCAGGCUAACAGCCUUGCAUUUAAAGUCAUGCUGAUUUUGGACAAUGCUCCCAGCCACUCUGUGUCCAUUGAAGACUUUGACCCAAACAUAAAGGUUGUUUUCUUGCCUCCUAACACCACGUCCUUGCUACAGCCUAUGGAGCAGGGUGUUAUGUCAUUAUUUAAGGCCUACUACCUCAGGCAAACCUUCGCUCAGGCUAUCAGUGCAGCUGAUAAGGAAGACGCUCCAACGCUUAAAGAGUUCUGGAAGAGCUACAAUAUUUUGGAUGCUGUGAAAAACAUUGCCACAUCAUGGAAAGAGAUAAAACAAUCGAAGCUCAAUGGGGUUUGGUGGAACCUGUGCCCGGAAUUUGUCACUGAUCUUCAUGGGCUCACUGAUACAGUUGAAGACGUGACGGAAAACGUGGUUCGGAUGGCUGGCCAGCUGCAGCUAGAGGUGACUGCAGAGGACGUUACUCAGCUGCUGGCGUCUCAUUCUCAGGAGCUCAGCGAUGAAGACCUUCUGCAGUUAGAGCAGCAAAGACUUGAAGAAGAAGAGAAGACCCGCACGCAUGACUCCCCGCCUCGGGCUGCCUUGUCGACAAAAGUCCUGAGUGAAGCUUUCAAGCACUUUGAGGCAGGAAUGGCCCUGCUUGAGGAAAAUGACCCAAACUUUGAGAGGAGCUCCACAGCAAAUGAAAUCAUCAGGAGUGGUUAUGCCUGCUACAGGGAGAUCUACAGGGAGAAAAAGAAGGCAGCAGUUCAGACAUCAUUGGAAAUGCUUUUCAGGGUGCCUGCAGUAGCAUCAAAUACUCUCCCAAAGAACUCGCCAGCAGAAUCCCGCCCUGAUAACGACUCUGAUGAACCAGGACCAUCAUCCCUGUUCCUACACCUGCUCCUCUCGUCCGACCGGUUCCAGCAGCGUUCCCCUCUCGUUGGCAACGGCGGGACCUGGACGCCGCCCAAACCCGGCUCCCCCGCGAGGGGGGACACGGGACACCUGCGUGCGCACGCGUCCCCGUCGCCGGCUCCAUCACCGGCGCGACGCAGAGCACUUGUCACCGCAGCCAAAGGACCUGUUAGACUGGAGCUUCGGUCCCGCCCCCGUUGA